AGUCAGCUCGCAGUGGCUGCACAAACCAUAAGCAAAAAUUCACAUGCGCCGCAACAUUAGGCCGUGCUUGCAGAUUUAGAUAAAUAUAGUCGAUACCAAAACAGAUACAAGUCUAAAUAUAUUUUGCGAACAACAUUGAGACCAAAGACGAACAACAACAACAACAAUCGUCGCGUCUGCAAAUCUUUUGCAUAAAAGACCAAUUUGCAUUUUAAGUGUCGUCGUCGCGUCGUAUUCUGUUGAUGCGUGUGUGUGUGUGAUUGUGUGUGUGCAACAGCUAAAGUGCGUAUAACAAAACUUUGAAAUCAUGUCAACCCAACAACAAUCAGUGCAACGGGGGGAGCAACAGCAGCAGCAACAACAGCAGCAGCAGCAACAACAGCAGCAGCAGCAACAACAGCAGCAGCAGCAGUCGACCUGUAAAUUACACAUGAGUGACAUUUGGAUGAGGGGCAAGAAAAUGCGUAUAAGAGGUGUCAUUGUGGACAAGCUAUGCAUCAUCUUUGGCGAACUGACAGCAACGGCAUUUCUCUUGUUCCUGGGCUGCAUGGGUUGUGUCCAGACAUCGGAGUAUAUUAACUCCCAUUUGCAGUGCUCCUUAAACUUUGGGUUCGUUGUGAUGGUAUGCAUUCAGUGCUUCGGUUGUGUCUCUGGUGCCCAUCUCAAUCCCGCCGUAACGCUUGCCAGCUACAUUUAUGAUAUGAUAUCGCUGCCGAUGGCACUGGCAUACUUUGUGGCCCAAAUUGCUGGCGCAUUCAUCGGCUAUGGACUGCUGAAGGCAUCGUUGCCCCAUAAUGCCAUAUGCAGCUUGGAUACCCCGCUCGGCGCCUGCGUAACAACUGUCGACAGCGGCAUUAGCGUUUGGCAGGCGGCCCUCAUUGAGUUCCUGAUCACAUGUGUGCUCAUUACCAUCUGUUGCGGCGUUUGGGAUCCCCGUAAUACGAAAUUCCAGGAUUCGACUGCCAUACGUUUCGGGCUAGCCAUUGCAUGCUUAUCCCUAACUGCGGGUCAGUAUACGGGCGCCAGUAUGAAUCCGGUGCGAUCCUUCGCGCCUGCCUUGUGGAACAAUGUCUGGGAGAGCCACUGGAUCUACUGGGUGUGUCCCAUUGCUGGGUCAUUGGUCACGUCCCUCAUAUACAAGUAUGUCUUCAGGCGCGAGUCAAACGAUGCCGAUAAGUGCAUCCAACCUAAUGAGUCACAGCCGUAGAACCUCUCGUAAAUAUGUACAAAUAUAUGUGUGCAUGUGUAUACAUUUAUAACGUGUAACGUAAUUUAGUUUACCCCAUAGUUUAAAUCCCAAGUGAAUUAAUUGUAUGUGUAUAAUUAUGACAUAAAAUAUCAAAAUAAAUAACAAGUAUGUUUUGUAGGGCAGUAAGGUAAA